CAGAAUAGAAAAGCUUUCAAGUAUCAAUCUACGUUCAUUACAUGGAUUUUAUUUCGAUUUAAGAGAAUUAAACAGCAGUUCCAAUAUUGCUAUACCAAACAAGCAGAGAAAACGAUCUUCUAUGAAUUUUAAUGAGAAGGUUGGGAUCAAGCGACAUUUUUCAAAGCGAACAUUGGCGGCAAAUAAGGUGGAAAGCUGUCUUCAUCUGAGAACUUCAUCCCCUAGAGUUAUGGCAGAUCAAGUGCCCUCCCUAUCCCCACAAUUCGAGCGGACACAAACCAUAGAUUCGAACAAUAAUUCCUUCUUUCUUGAUAGUAGAGUUUUCGAGAAGAACUCCUCGACCAAGGAAUCCAAGUCCGAUAUCAAAAGCGAAAAUGACUAUUGCCUGAACGAAGACUUGGAGAAUACAGACGUGUCAUUCAGCCAGGUACAGGUGGUCGAUGUCCCGAUCAUUCCUGACAACACUGAUCAGACGACGGAAGCCGAGGAGGGAGUCGAGAAGGAGGGGUGUGACGAACCAGAGCAAGAAGACAAUUGCCUGAGCGAAGACUGGGAGAAUACAGACGUGUCAUUCAACCAGGUACAGGUGGUCGAUGUCCUGAUCAUUCCUGUCAACACUCAGACGACGGAAGCCGAGGAGGGCGUCGAGAAGGAGGGGUGUGACGAACCCGAUGGACUCUUUGGUAGAAUAGCCUUCAAAUCGAAAGACGUUGACUGUUUGAUGCCACAUCAUACAAUCCUGAGAAAAUAUGGAGAUAAGGUUCAUCUCGAGAAGACAACGAUACGGGUCACGAAAGAUGAUAAAGAUGUGGUGUGCGAAGGGCACUCUGAAAUUGAUGAAGUGAGUCGAUGGCCCAGACACGUUCACACAUCAGCACUGUCUUUCAUCAGUCAAGAUUUAGAUGAUGUUCCACAGAUCUAUCUCAAUACUUCAGGAGAAAAAGUUACCAUGGGAAGAUUCACAGGUGAAAGAGCUCGAUUCUACCUGGAGUUUUAUGCAGACAGACGUCAACAAGGCCAACUUUGUACAAUUCGUCAUCAUAUCACCAACACACUAUACGACGCAGUACACAACAGAAUGAAGGUACAUAACUGA